UAAGCGAAGGGAAACACUGAAAACUGAACCCGGAGUAUAGUUUAGUGAAAACCCUCGGAAAUGGAGAAACAAAAUUACAACGCUUAUCAAGACCAAACCCAGCCACAGGGAUGGACCAGUCCCCCGCCAUACUACGAGGGGGACCAACAACCAACACAACAACAACCAACAACACAUCACACCAAUGUUGUUCAUGUUGUUCAAAAUAUCAAGUAUGGAAGACAACCCGUUCAAACAACAUGCGGCAACUGUAGAUCUACGAUUGUGACAGCAACUGAAGCAGAUACAGGAGUAGUAGCGUUUGCUAUAGCAGCUGGUUUCUGUGUAGUCGGUUUAUGGUGCGGAUGCUGCUGUAUACCAUUCUUUAUGGACAGCCUCAAGGAUGUCAAACAUACCUGUCCCAACUGUAACGCAUUGCUUGGAACCUUCAAAGCUGGAAUGUAGGAGAGGUGUAGAAGAAGUAGAAACCAUGUUUCUAAUUUUGUUUAUAAAUAAAGUGUAUUGCAACAGUUUCCGGGAGAAAUGUAAACAACAAAAUUUAAAUUUCGUUGCUCUUUAUGUUUAUAAAGUUGUAACUUUUUGUUAACAAGAAAGUCUUACAUUACAAUGAAUAUAAAGUAUGUACACCCUUGUAUAGUGUAUAUUUAAAAAAAAAA